UACAUAGCAGUUGUAACUGCAUUUUUUGUGUUUGAUGCGCAGGUUGCUUCUUUCUUGCAUUAUCAAGAGAACAUGAAUGUUCUUGUUGAACCUGAUGUCCAUGACAUUUUUGCUAGAAUCCCUGGAUUUGGAUUUGUUCAAACCUUCUACAGUCAAGAUACUAGUGAUCUUCACGAGAGGGUUGAUUUUGUGGCAUGCUUGGGUGGAGAUGGGGUUAUAUUGCAUGCGUCAAAUUUAUUUAGAGGUGCUGUACCACCUGUUGUAUCAUUUAAUCUUGGAUCUCUUGGAUUUCUCACUUCCCACACUUUUGAAGACUACAUGGAAGACUUGAAGCAGGUCAUUCAUGGUAAUAACACAGCAGAUGGUGUUUAUAUAACUCUUAGAAUGCGCUUACGAUGUGAUUUUCGAAAUGGUAAAGCAGUUCCGGGGAAAAUAUUUGAUGUCCUAAAUGAGGUUGUUGUGGACCGGGGUUCUAAUCCAUACCUUUCUAAGGUUGAAUGUUAUGAGCAUGACCGACUCAUAACAAAGGUGCAAGGUGAUGGAGUCAUAGUAGCCACACCAACCGGGAGUACUGCUUAUUCUACAGCUGCAGGAGGUUCCAUGGUUCAUCCAAAUGUUCCUUGCAUGCUUUUUACACCUAUCUGCCCACAUUCCCUCUCAUUUAGACCAGUUAUACUUCCAGAUUCUGCAAAGCUUGAAUUGAAGAUCCCUGACGAUGCUCGAAGCAAUGCUUGGGUUUCUUUCGAUGGGAAGAGAAGGCAACAACUCUCUCGAGGACAUUCAAUCAGAAUAUCUAUGAGCCAGCACCCUCUACCAACUGUCAAUAAAUCUGACCAAACAGGUGAUUGGUUCCACAGCUUGAUUCGCUGCCUGAACUGGAAUGAGAGAUUGGAUCAAAAAGCCCUCGAAGGCAUCUGACACUGGGUAGCUAGUAUCUUCAUCCUCAAGGUAGGUUGAACGUCCAUGUAAAUUGAUGUACAGAUAUAAAUUGGAAAGAGUAAAAACAGAGUUUAAUACACACAUUCUGAAUGCUACUCAUUACCAACAUAUACUUCCCCAUAAAAGUAGAGUUGGUCAAUUUUCACCCUUGCAUUGUACAAAUACUGUCAGACACGAUACUGGCAAUUCCUUUGAAAUAAAAAGAAAAGUUUCUAAUAUAUUAUUUUAUUUUGUGAA